AUGCUGCUUCUGCCAUUUCAAUUGUUAGCUGUUCUCCUCCCAGGUGCUGACAGUGAGGAUGGCUUCCAGGGACCAAGCUCUUACCAUGUCAUCCAGAUUUCAUCCUUCACCAACAGCACCUGGGCAAAAAAUCGAGGUUCAGGCUGGUUGGAUGAUUUACAGAUUCAUGGCUGGGACAAGGACAAAAACACUGCCAUAUUCCUGAAGCCCUGGUCCAAGGGCAACUUUAGUGAUGAGGAGGUUGCUGAGAUGGAAGACCUAUUCCGAAUCUACUUCUAUGGAUUUACUGAAGAAAUGCAGGCACGUUCCAGUGAAUUCCAGAUAGAAUACCCCUUUGAGUUCCAGGGCACAGCAGGCUGUAAACUACAGUCUGGGGGAGCUGUGCUAAGCUUCUUGAGAGGAGCUUUAGGAGGACUGGAUUUCCUGAGAUUCGAGAAUGAUACGUGGGUACCUUCCCCAGAGGGCGGCAGCUCAGCACAGGCAAUAUGCACACUACUCAUGAAAUAUCAAGGCAUCAUCGACACCGUGAAGAAACUCCUGUUUGAAACUUGCCCCCAAUUUCUCUUGAGUGUCCUCCAUGCAGGGAAGGCAGAGCUGCAAAGGCAAGUGAAGCCCAAGGCCUGGCUGUCCAGUGGCCCCAGUCCUGGACCUGGCCGUCUGCUGCUGGUCUGCCACGUCUCAGGAUUCUACCCAAAGCCCGUGUGGGUGAUGUGGAUGCGGGGUGAGCAGGAGCAGCCAGGAACUCAGCACAGCAACCUCCUGCCCAAUGCUGACUGGACAUGAAAUCUCUAAGCCACCCUGGAUGUGGUGUCUGGAGAGGCGGCCAGCCUGUCCUGCCGGGUGAAGCACAGCAGUCUAAAAGGCCGGGACAUUGUCCUUCACUGGGGACACCACGUUCCCAUCUGGUGGAUCUGUUUGGCAGUAGUUGUGCCCUCCUUCAUCCUUUUGCUAUGCCUCACAUUAUGGUAUAAGAGACGCUGGUGA